UGGAUGGAGGAAUAAGGUUGUGCAAAUCUAACAUACUGCAAAAGCUCAAGCUCUUCAGAAAUUAUGAAACGUGGACGUUUUUUUUAAGACUUCAAAAAUUAAUUGCAAAGAACUGCUAUCGAUUUUGAUUUGCAUCAAACGGGUUUCGUAUUCAACGAGUAAAAUCCUAUCGUUUUUUAUUACUCACUCACUUUCCGUAAAUGAUGAGCUCAUAUGUGCCACGGGCUUCUGGACCAUUAUUUUAUACAUUUCGCACCCAUUCAUUUUUGUGAUAAUUUGCUGUAUCGGUUCUGCAUAAUUAUGAAAUGUCUCAGGUCAUGUGGUAUCCCAGUUGUGGUACUAAGUUGAUUGGAAACUUCACUUCCAAAUAGUACCAUGGGGGAUCUGUUUACUAAAUAUGACCUAAAUAACAAGCAUUUGCUGCUAUGGGACCAGUUCAAGUCCCAAUAUUCGCGUGACUUUUAAAUUGCAAUAAAAACAGUGUAAACAAAUGUUUCUGAAUAUGUACAUGUGUAAUAAAUUGGUUAACUAUUUUUCUGUAUCAAAUUUAAUUCGUACGUAAACAAACUGCAGAAGCGCUAUAAUAUUUAGUGAAACUAACUUGUAGCAGAUCUGAUACAAUAAGAGGUGAUCGUCCCCUUUAAAAAUAAAGUGUGAGCUUAACCAAUAAAUAGAGGCUUACUCAUAACAAUUAACCGUAAAGUAAUUUUUGUUUGACUUCUUAAUUAUUUGAGUAUUCCAUGUAAAUAGAAUAAUUAUCUGGACUUAACAAAUGGUUCAAUUAUUAACUAUCAUAGUCCUUUUUACAUGAGUUUCAUGAUCAAAACCGAAAUUUGUAACGCCGUGUAAUUGCGGAAAAAACGGACAAUCUAUUCGACGUUAAAGCACUUUACUUACAUAUUUAAUUGGCUUGUAAAUCCCACAUCAAAAGGAGUAAUAUUAAAGCCCAAGGCGACACGAUUUAGUGUUACCUCCAACAUAAUGCGGUAAUUUAUUUCUAACUACCUAGUCAUUAAUGGCCCUAAAAUACAGUUUUUUUUUCACGUAUUACUUACUAAGACAACAUGAACACCAUUCUUAUCAUACUAAUGGUCCAUAUUCUAAUCCAAGUGUCAGGAAAAUUAAAUUUUAUUCAGAACCCUCCGUUUAAAAAUUACGAAGUUUAUGCGAAACAUUUUGAGGAAUCUUUGACUAUACAGAUAACCAUGCUGCAUAAUGACACUGCUAAGGAAGUCAAUGACGAUUUGCUGACAGAAUUUUUAGAGAUGAAUAUGCAGUUUAACAAGGGCCUGUAUGUGGUUUCCAAAAAAGUCGAUACCGUUAAUCUGGAAAAGCUGAAGCGCCCGAAGCAACCCGUACAGCUUAUAACUAAAUCUCCGAAAAAUGCUUCUAAUAAAACCAUAAAUGCCUUGCUGCGGGCACGAUUGAAAUAUCUCUAUUAUUACUUGGUAAGAAUAUACAUUGUUAAUGAUGCAGAUAUGUUUUUGCAGUACCUAACUUCUCUGGACAUUCAUAGGUUCCUAGCUAUGGCACGCACCCUAACAGUUAUAAUUUUUUCAUCACAUGAAGCAGACCUAGAAGCAAUGCAAGCUCUCUUUCUACACCUCUGGCAGAAGUAUUCGAUUUUGAAUGUAAUCGGUCAGUUUCCAAACACCAGUAAAAGAGAGUACGUAUUCACUUACAAACCUUUCAUUAGCAACCUUCAUGGAUACGGAACCUUUCAUUCUUACCAUUACAAGUUCUGCUUAAAAAAUCCUCAACUGCUUUUAUCAAAUUUACAGCAACUUAAUGGAUAUAGGUUAAGAUUAUCACUAUUUCUACGUUAUCCAAGUUCCACAGACAGGAUUCCCAAAGCGCUUAAGGAAAAUCCUAUAUACCGAUACGUGCACCGUAGUUCUAUAAAACUUUACGGACUAGAUGCAAUAAUGAUGAGCGAAUUGGCGAGAAAAAUGAACUUUUCCGUUGAAAUGUACGAAGGGCCUUUGGGGCGGACCUACGGAGUAGUAAAUGCAGACGGAACGCCUGAUGGUACCCUUAAGGCUGUAGUAGACCGUAACAUCGAUAUCCAAGGAAACGCAAGAUUCAUAAUUGUUUAUCCCAUCAAAGGCUACGAAUAUACUUAUAGGUUUUAUCGGGAUAACUUAUGCCUAAUCGCACCUACCGCAGGACAUUUGCCAAAAUGGAAUGCUAUGCUUCAAUUUUUUACGACCAAUUUCGGUCUACUUCUGGUGGUUAAUUGUUUUAUUUUUGGUUUGUUGAAUAAAUGGUUUUCUGGAUCUCAAAUAAAAUAUUCAGUUUCGAUGUUCGAAGUAUUUGGAGUAUUUGUAGGACAAGCGGUAUAUUCUUCCCACAACACCAGGCCGCAAUCACAUCGGCUAUUUUUUCUGAGCAUUCUUGUGUAUUCCUUAGUUAUGAGCACUAUAUUUACCGCAAUCCUUUUGCUAAUUUUUACCAAACCUGUUUCUCUGCCAGAAAUCAAUACCCUGGAAGAGUUUCUCAAAACUGGUCACGAAAUUAUGACUUCGAACAACGUAUUCAAAAAUAUUCCCAGGCAACCUUACAUAGAUCUGGCAAAAAGAGUUAAAAUGAAGCCUCCCGGAAGUAACCUGAGCUCCAUUAAACUUGCCGCCAAAUUUAAAAUUGGUGGACUAGAGCGAUACUACGAUGCACAAAUUCAAAUAAAAACAACGCUUGCAGAUAAGAACGGCAACGAGGUACUUCAUAUAGUAGAGGAAUGUAUAAAUACUUACAAUUUGGCUUUUAUUCUACCUCUUGGCUCUCCGUACCUGGUUUUAAUCAACCGAAUGAUCAUGUGGGCAGCGGAAACGGGUCUGUCUUUGAAAUGGUAUAAUGAUUUUGCCUUAUUUUAUAUUUACCAGUACCAAAUGCAUCAAAUAGAGCAACGCAGUAUAGAAAAUGAGGAAACAUCGGGUUUUUCCAAGUUAAAUUUCGAAGAUUUUAAGGGAGCGCUGUUGAUAUUGAUCAUAGGGAAUGGGUUGGCCGCUGUGGUUUUUUUAUUGGAAAUCUGUUGGGGGUAUUUUGUAUUACAUAUAAGUAAGUCUAAUUGUAUUUAAUUAAGUCUAAUUGUGUUUGUGUAUUAAAGAAGAAUAAAUUUAUUUUAAAAAUUAGUUUAUUUGUUAUUAGGCAAAGGUGUUAGUAAUAGUUACAACACA